AAGGGAAAGGAAGCCGGGGACGGGGCGGGCUCCCGGGAUGCCCCUUUGGACACACUCAAGGAAAUCUGUCCUUUAGAGGCAAGACUAGGGGGGAACACGAAAGAGGGGCCUGGAGGGAGAAUUCGGCUGGUCGAGGGCGGGGCCGCCGCUGCUCGGCCUGCCCCCCGCCCCGUCCCUCCCUGGGCUUGACCAAAGGUGCCUCCGCGCCGCCUUCGCCCACUUCCGACGGCAGAGCAGCCCCCGCGGCGGAGAGCGAGCGAGCGACCCCGCCAGCAGCGCCCCCCGCCCGCCCGCCCGCCCUCCGAGGGGCUUCGGCCACCCUCCGCCCCGCCGAGAAGCAAGAUGGCGUCACAGAAGCUGCAGGUGGCCGUGGUUGGGGCAGGGGCUGCUGGUCUGUGCGUCGCCCGCCACAUCCUUGCCUCGCCUGAGACGUUUGCUCCUCCCAUGGUGUUCGAAGCCUCUGGCUGCCUGGGAGGCACCUGGGUUUACUUGGAGGAAGAGGCUGAGGGGCGGCCCACUCACUCCAGCAUGUACCGGGACCUCAGGACCAACCUGCCCAAGGAGGUGAUGGCCUUUCCUGACUUCCCCUUUGACCCGGCGCUGCCUUCCUUCCUCCACCACUCGGAUGUGCUGGCCUACCUGGAAAGCUACGCGGAGCAUUUUGGGGUCUACGACCACAUCCAGUUCCGGAGUGAGGUGAGCCACAUCCGGCCUGUGUCCAGCAGCGAGGGCCAGCCAGGGGGCUGGGAGGUCACAGCCACACAGCAGCGGCCAGAGACAACCCAGAAAGUCACAAAGCACUUUGAUGCCGUCAUGGUCUGCACUGGCCAUUAUGCCAACCCAUUCAUCCCUCCCAUUCCUGGCCUGGACAGCUUUCAAGGCCGCCUCCUGCACAGCCACUCCUACCGGCGCCCGGAGCCCUUUGCCGGGCAGAGGGUGGUGCUGGUGGGCGCCGGCCCCUCCGGAGUCGACCUGGCGCUGCAGCUGGCCCCUCUGGCGGCGCGGGUGGUGCUGAGCCACCAGGGCCCCCCAGUCCGCGGGCUGCCCCGGGACGUGCUGCAGGUUCCCCCUCUGGCUCGGGUGUCGGCGGAGACAGUGGUGCCCGGGGACGGCUCUGCACUGCCGGCCGACGCCUUGAUCCUCUGCACGGGCUACCAAUACCGCUUCCCCUUCCUGGAUCUGGCGCAGCUGGGCUUGCGGGAGACGGAGUAUGGGCUGGGGCCCCUGUACCGGCACCUGCUGGCCCCCCGGCACCCGUCGCUGUUCCUGGUCGGCGUCUGCCAGCAGAUCUGCCCCUUCCCGCAUUUCCACUGCCAGGCGCUCUUCGCCCUGGCGGUGCUGAAGGGCGGCUGCCCGCUGCCCUCCGCCGCCGAGAUGGAGGCCGAUGCCCAAGCGCAGCUGGACCGGCACCUGCGCCAGGGGGGUCUGGCGCGGCACUUCCUUCGCCUCCGGGCCCAGCAGUGGAGCUACGCGGAGGAGCUGGCCCUCCUCGCAGGGUUCCCCCCGCUCCCGCCGGCGGUGCGAGAGAUCUAUGAAGCGACGCGCGCCAGCCGUGCCCAGGAUGUGAGCACGUAUCGCGGAAGGAACUACCGGCUGUUGGGCCCAGAUGCCUGGGAAGUCGUGCAAGGAGAGGCCGGGGAUGCAGAAGGAGGGCCUCUCCUUUGAAAGCCGACCAGCCAGGGGCCAUCAGCGCCACCAUCUUGUGGCAGGGAGUUCCACAGAUUAGCCAGAGCAUUAGGCGACUAUGCUGCUGCCCAGUUCCGCCGGGAGACCCACCUCCAAAUUAGAGUGUUUGGGGAAAUGGAAGGAAAUGUCGCUUGGCCAAUGGGCGGGUGGGCAGCCUCUUUGGCGGGGGGAGGGCUUGCCAAGGAGGGUGGUGGCAGCCUUGCGAGGGAGGCGGGCCCAGAGCACAGGAGCCUUGCGCAUCCUGGGAGGGGGUCGUGGCCGCCCACUUGCCUUCUCCUUUCUGAGGGGUGAAUGGGGAGCCCUGCCUGCCAGUGCCUUAGGCAGACGAAUCACAAGCUGUUUCCCAUGUUACUUCCGAAGAAGCAGAAGAAUAAAAGGACUGUCAUGUG